AUAGACGUGUGUGGACACACACGUACACACACACAGUUCCGUGUAUUCGUAUUUCGUUAAUCAACAAACAUGUCUCUUUCACUACAGUUCAGUUCACCUCAGCUCCUCUUCAUCUACACCUAUAUAUUCAUCUUUCUCAGUUUCUCUAUAUAACAAACCUCUCUAAUUAUAAAUAUACAAAAAUUCAGCUUAAUUAUUACACUAUUAUGGUUUCAUUACAAGAACCUAAUUGCUCAGACAAUACGAAACACCAGCGCCACUAUUUUGCUCAGGCUCGCUCCAUGCGCACCAUCCGGUCCAGCCUCUGUAGUUCAUUCUCCGGGGACCUCGACGAGCCAUGCAGCUCCAUUUCUCCGGAGAAUCUUGAGCUUAUGGUGAGGAAUUGUGUGCAAAACCUCGAUGUUUCGUCGGUUAGUGUGAGGAGAUCAGCUGCAGAGAGGCUGAGGUGUUUGGCGAAGAACAGGGCGGAGAACAGGGCUCUGAUUGGAGAAUUAGGCGCGGUUCCGGCUCUGAUAGGACUGCUGCAGUGUGGUGAUUCGUGUGUUCAGGAGCAUUCUGUCACGGCCUUAUUGAAUUUGUCUUUGUUGGAGGAGAACAGGAGGGUGAUCAGUGAAUUGGGAGGUGUUAAGGCCUUGAUUCAUGUCUUGGAACGCGGUGUGACUGAGACGUCUAGGCAGAAUGCAGCUUGCGCGUUGCUGAAUUUGGCGUUGGUGGAUGAGAAUAGGGGUUUGAUUGGGGCAUUAGGCGCGAUUCCUCCUUUGAUUGUUAUGUUGGAGAAGGGAUCGAUGAGGGGGAAGAAGGAUGCCAUCACGACGUUGUAUAAGAUUUGUUCUGUGGAUGAGAAUAAGGAGAGGGCGGUGAAUUGUGGGAUUGUGAAGUUGUUGGUGGAGAUGAUUGGGGAGGAAGGGAGUGGAAUGGCGGAGAAGGCAAUGGCUGUGUUGUGUAGAUUGGCUGGAGUUGAGUCGGGGAAAGAAAGGAUAGUGGAGGAAGGGGGGAUUUCCGCGUUGGUUGAGGUCAUCGAGGGGGGCUCGAUGAAUGGGAAGGAGUUUGCUGUGAUGACAUUGAUUCAGUUGUGUGAUCUGAACAUGAAGAAUAGAGGAUUGGUGGUUAGAGAAGGCUGCAUUCCUCCGUUGAUCGAGCUAUCGCUGUGUGGAGCUUCCAAGACUAGGCAAAAGGCUAAAAUCCUCCUGAGGUAUCUCAGAGAAUCACGGCAAGAAGCUUCCGGUUCUAGUCCUUAAAGAGAUGAAAGCAUGAUGGUUUGUUCAAAUCAAACAACCAUUAAAGCUCAGGUCAUCAGUACAGAGGCUAAAGAUUCAUCAGCUUGCCUAGUCCGCGACUAAAUUGUUUUCAGGUCAGGAUCCGAGGCACGCUCCCGGGCUAGGCAAGAUUGGUUAGGGCUGGAAAUGGUAGAGUAGGUUUUCUUGAUUUCGGGCAGUAACUGAACAUAUUCCUAGGUCCAAAUUUUUUGCGUUCUUUUGUAGUGACAACAGGAGUUGUACAAGAUUCUAGGGUUUUCAGGUGGUUGUUCAGCAAGUCAGUUGAUCAUUACUCUGUUCCUUGCAGACUAAACUAAUAAGUAAAUAUAAAUUUUUACUAGAAAUUGGUAGAACAGGUCUGGAGUAUAAACAGCAGGACUAAUGAGCCACAUAUGCAUUCAACAUGAUCUAGAUGCUUAUUCCUAUAUCUGUAUUAUUGUGUGACCGCUAUCAAAUCCAGGGUCUUUACGAAAACAGUCUCUUACAGUCUUACUCGAUAAAGUUUCAUCAUCCUUAGCAAAGUCUUGCCUCUUGGUGACCUGGUCUAAGCCCUAUCUCCUACAUUUUCCAACAUUCCUCCAAUUGGAGUCCCUUAAUUUAAAGCUUGAGGAUGUAGGUAAGGCAGUCAAAGAGUCAAUUGUACCAGCAAACCCAAUACUUUCAGCUUCUACUUGUGGCCAUUUCAUCUUA